UGUGUGUGUGUGUGUGUUGCAGAUGGCGAUCACAGAGGGUACCAUGUUGCAAAUAGAAGCUCUUUCUGAAAGCAUCAACAACCUCACAUUCCUGCUCAGCCAAGAUGAGCUGCGGAAGGAGCUGAGGCAGUCUCAGACGGCACUCGUUUGAAGGACAAUGACCCGACGCCGUUGGCUCACUAAUGCAAUCAACCACAGAGACCUGUCGCAACCAAUCUGACAUCUGUACUGUACCUCAAGCCCCGGCCUAACACUGCAGUGUGGAGCUGUUACAUGUACUUCUACUAGCCGCUGAUACCUCAUGUAACACCUAGAGUCACUCUGCAGUCACACUGUAGAUACGGUGGGCCAAGGAACACCAGUGGACUUACACAAUGUGGAAAACAAUCAUCACUCGUCAUUUACAAAUUUCUUUAUCAGAAUUUCUACAAUAAUGAACUGUUACUCAUUAGCCAUUUGGGGCAUUUUGUUUCACUGACUCCCUUGCUCUCUAACGAUCAUACUGACCGCUGUGUACUGUAUAGAAGCUAUCCCUUGUUUCAUGGCAGUCAUAUGAUAUGCGUAUCAUUUCCUUUCAUGGAAUCUGCGAUGAAAGACUGUAGCACAUAUGUAACAAAUGAAGGUUCAACCGCUUGGAAAAAGUAGCUAGAAAAAAGGGUCAAAUUGAAAAUGGAUGGAUCGAUGGCAAGGAAACACACACACAACACGUACACAAUGACAAAUGUUUUCAUUUUGAAAUUAAAAGACAUUACCAGCAUAUGUAAAAACCAGUUAUUUUGUUAGAACUGUUAGAUCUUCUCAGAGGAGACAGUGUGUGAAAAGGCUGAAUGGGACAAAAACAGAUUUAAUCCAUGUUACUUUGUUAAAAUAAGUUACAUUAUUUCAGUGGGGAAAGAUUCAGUUGAACAUUAUUUCUAGUUUGUUUGGUCUAUUAGACUCCAUUAAAGUGUCUUCAUUAAAUGCAGGAUAUAUCAGGGAUAGGACAGAUUUGGUCUGGAGCACUGGCACUGGUGGUCGUGAAAUGACAGCAGCUGUGAUGACCGCUCCUCUGCCAGUCUACAGAUCAGUUUGAAAGACAAAAUCAGUGAUAAUGUAGUUAAAGUUUAGCAUCCAAUAACUAAUCGGUGCAUAAAAUAUGAGACCUAAAGUUAUUUGGUCAGGUAUGGUGAUGUAUGAAAUGUGUGAACGAAAUGAGCUGUAGCAGCAUGAGAAAGUGGAAAUGAUGGCUGGAAAUGUACUUCCAUUAGAGCCCAACCAAUACAUCGUAUAGAUAUUAUCAGCCAGUAUUAGCUUAGCACAGAUAGUGGACAUUGGUAUUGGUGUGUAUUCCCUUUUAUAAGUACAAAGAAAAUGCAGUCCAGAUAUAUUUUAGGUAAUUUAAAACAGUGUCACCAUUACAUAGUUUGUCCACCAAAAAGCACUGACGAGUUUAUUUUAAACUCUGAAAUGUUCCACUUAGUAGAUAUCUUAGUCACAAUUCUAAAUAAAUAAAGUACUAAUCACUAUUUUUAUUUUAAAAGUGUAUCAAAUGAAUGUGUGUAAUGUGGAAGUGGUCGGUGCAGUGACGAGCCAACAGAGAAUUAUCACCCGACUGCAGCUACCUUUGAGCUUUUUACAGUGCCUACAGAAGCUCAUCAUACCCUGUACACUUUUUGCUUUUUGUAAUUAAAGCAAAAGCUGCCACUAAGAAGUAUUGACUCAUGGGACUCACUUUUUCAACUCUGUUAUUCUGGUUUUCAUUUCUUAUUAGGUUUCAGGACUGUUGCCUUGUUACGUCAUUUGAAUGUGCAGAAUAUGUAAAUAAAGCUGAAAAUAUAUAUAUAUAUAUUUUUUUAUAUAUAAUAGGUUUUGAUUUCAAGCUGAAAGACAAAAAAAGUGAAUAUUUUAAAGGGGUAUGAUGAUUUUCUGUAGGCACUGUAGCACCUUUUAGUUCCAUUGUUUUGGUUUUACAGCCACAGCAGGUAGCUGGUUGUCAUGAAAAAGCUCUGACUGUACGCUAGCUGGAUUGUACCAAAUGGCAGACUGACAAAGUUAGAUACUGAUAGCUGGUGAACAUAGUGGCACAUUUAGCACCUAAAGAGCCAGACAGAGCUAAAAGGAGAGUCAAUAACGGACUUUCUUCAAUUGGACAUUCAUCAGGUGAAAAGAAAUGCUACUCCAAAUGAAUGCUAAUGCUGGACCCAGAUGUGUUAACAAGUCAAUGUUCAGCUGCCCCCAGAAACAUGAAUUAAUGCUGCUUUAAGGAUACGGAAGGAAGAUACGUACACUCACCGGCCACUUGAUUAGGUAUACCCGUUUAAUUGCUUGUUAACACAAGACAACUUGCUGAAGUUCAAACCGAGCAUCAGAAUGGGGAAGAAAGGGGAUUUAAGUGACUUUGAAUGUGGCAUGGUUGUUCGUGCCAGACGUGAGACGAGGAGAAUGUACUAGCAAGGUGUACCUAAUAAAGUGGCCAGUGAGUGGAUCAGCCAUAACAUUAUGACUACUGACAGGCGACGUGAAUAACACUGAUUGUGUCGUUGCCGUGGCACAUGUCAGUUGGGUGGGAUCUGUUAGGCAGCAAGUGAACAUUUUGUCCUCAGAGCUGAUGUGUUAGAAGCAGAAAAAAUGGGCAAGUGCAAGCGCCUACAAUGGACACGUGGGCAUCAGAACUGGACCACUGACCAAUGGAAAUAGGUGGCCUGGUCUGAUGAAUCACGUUUUCUUUUACAUCACGUGGAUGGCCGGGUGAGUGUACGUGGCUUAGCUAGGGAACACGUGGCACCAAUAUGCACUAUGGAAAGAAGAAAAGCCGGAGGAGACAGUGUGACGCGUUAGGCAACGUUCUACUGCCAUUUAUAUGGAUGUUACUCUGACACGUACCACCUACCUCAGCAUUGUUGCAGACAACAUGUACAUCCUUUCAUGGAAAAGCGGUGACCCACACUAUAUUAGGCUUGUGCUCAUAAUGUUAUGGCUGAUGUAUUUAUGUAUGUGUAUGUGUUGAAUGAACAUCAGCCAAUUUAUCAUUAUUGUAAUUUGUAAACUUCACAAAAUAAGUCAUGUGGGUUUCCAUGAACGUUCAACAAUUUUAACAUAAAAACUGUCUGUACCAGACAAACGUAAUUUUUUGUCUGGUAUCAGCACAAAUGAUGGUUCAUUUGACCCUGUUCUCCCCUAUUGUACCGUAUAUUCUUUAGCACUAAUCAGUACCAGCAGAAGUAAAAAUUAAAACCUACUUUUACAAAGAGUGUCAAUAUGACUGCACAAAAGAGCAGCGUAAUGAUACUGUAGGGCAGUGCAUUGUUAUGUUGACGAAAUAAAAGCACCAUGACAGACUGGGUCUUCUGAGUGGUAAACCGCUAAUGUUAUGGGAUUUGGCAAGUAACCUCAGGCUAAUAUAAGAAUAUACAGUAUAUGCGCUUACCUGCACAUACACAGUAAACCACACUCUUUAUAAAUUUCAAGUCAAACUCCUCUCUUCCUCUAAAGUGAAAUUACAACAGAGAAUCAAACUAAAAACUCCUGAUCUGACCUACAUGUCCUAAUUUGCAAUGCCUUCUGAAGGCAGACAGUUGAGUGUUCUGUUUACUGAUCAAACCCUUCAGGCUUAACCCAGUCCUCAAGCUGCUGUUGCUGCCACCACUUAACUGGUAAGACUAGUCCUUUGUUGACUUACCUAAAAUUUAACAAGUUUCAAACACCACACCCAUGCUAACACUGUCGACAGGAAACCUGGGGAUAGAAAAUCCUCUUUAUUCUACUGAAAGUUUUGCACAUGACAAGAGACUGAACACUGAGCUUCACGUACACCACCAUACACACACACACACACACACACAUAGACACUGUGUAUCUCAGCAGGGCAGAGGACUGGAGCGGAGGGCAGCUAGUGGACUUGGAACUACAGAAACUCCUAGACCCAUCCUGUGUAUCAGGGAGACCACUCUCUGAUCUCCCACCCUCCAUCAUCAGUCCACCAUGGGAGAGACCAUCAGCAAACCCACUUUUAACCCCUUCCAGAACUACAACUUCCUCUCCUCUUUCAAGCGUGGCUCCCCCACCAGUCCAUCCUACCAUCGGUACAACUCCCCUCAGCCGAGCAUCUUCUCCACGCUGAGGAGGCCUCCCACCGCCAAACCCAACGAUUUCAUACCUCUAUUCAGCGACUGCAUCUCUACCGCCUCGUCCAGAACUCAAGAGUACCUCCUCUUCAAGGACCCGGAAAACAAGUUCCAUCCAAGCCCUAAGGUGCUCACUCAGAUCUUCCUGAUGACCUACAUCUCUCAGAGCAUCAGCCUUAACAUGACAGACACCUUCAACUGCACAGCCAUGACGCCCGAGCAGCGCAUCCUCUUGGGCGCUGACUGGGUCUGGGCCGUGUUGGAGAAGCCCACCAAGAACCCUCGGAUCCAGAUCGUCGUGCAGGUCCUACACCUGCCCGACAGGGAGGACGUCCCCCCAGAGGCUUGCAGUGAGACCAUCCAGAUGGCCCAGAAGGAGUCCAGCAACAAGACCAUGUACGAGAGGGUGGUCGACUUCUCCACCUCCAUCGGCAAGGACUGCUACGCCCUCUUCUUGUUCUUGGGGAAGAAAAACGACAGGGGGAAUAUCUACGGCGUGCUCAGCAACAACUUUGAGGCGGCCAUCGGGAAGUGCAAGAUUGACAGAGCUUUUAUUGAGAACUUCUUCAAAGGCUCGAGGUAUCUCCAUACACCUACAGGAAUGAUGCAGGCCAUUGUCACCAAGAAAGAGGGAGAACCUCUCACCCUCAUGAUUAAAUUCAGCUGAACCAAAGGGACUAAUGUAAUAUUUAAUGGCCAACAACACAAUACAGUGACACAGUGUGGUAAACUUUGUGAUGGAGAUGUGGAGGGUAUUGAUGUAUCUCUUCAGAAACAAGCUCCAUACUUACUAAAAUGUUGAGUUU